AAGGAAAGAAAAGGAAAGAAAGGAAGGAAGGAAGGAAGGAAAAGAAAGAAAGAAAAGGAAAGAAAGGAAGAAAGAAAAGAAAGGAAGAAAGAAAGAAAGAAAAGAAAGAAAGGAAGGAAGGAAGGAAGGGAGAAAGAGAAAGAAAUAAAGAAAGAAUCUUAAAAUGUUUAACAAGCCUUACUUUAACUUCUAACAGAAGGUCUGCAGAGGGAGGCAAAGAAUGCCUGCCUGAACCCAGCGGCACGCAACCCCUCAAAGGGAAAGCAGCCAACGGAAAGGAAAACCACCUAUUGGACUAGCCAGGAGGCGGGGCCAGGAUCCUCCGCAUGUACAGACUCUGCACCGGAGGAGGAGGAGGAGGGAGGGCCCUGCGCAGGCGCAGGAGGGAGGGAUCGCUUGGGGCCCGCCUCCCGGGCGGUCUAGGCUCGGUCUGGGCCGCCUGAGACUUCUUCACCUGGAGAGCCGGGUCCCAUGGCGCUGCGGGGUAUCCUGGUGUUGGAGCUGGCCGGCCUGGCCCCAGGCCCGUUCUGCGGUAUGGUCCUCGCGGACUUCGGGGCCCAGGUGGUGCGUGUGGACCGGCCGGGCGCCAGAGGGGACGUCAGCUUCAUGGCACGGGGCAAGCGCUCGCUGGCGGUGAACCUGAAGCGGCCGGAUGGGGCAUUGGUGCUGAGGCGCAUGUGCGCCCAGGCGGACGUGGUGCUGGAGCCCUUCCGCCACGGUGUUAUGGAAAAACUCCAGCUAGGCCCGGAGAUUCUGCAGAGGGAGAAUCCAAAGCUCAUCUAUGCCAGGUUGAGUGGAUUUGGCCAGUCAGGAAGAUUCUGCGGGGUAGCAGGCCAUGACAUCAACUAUUUGGCUUUGUCAGGUAUUCUGUCAAAGAUUGGCAGAAGUGGUGAGAAUCCAUAUGCACCGCUGAAUCUCCUGGCUGACUUUGGUGGUGGUGGCCUCAUAUGCACACUGGGCAUCUUGUUGGCUCUUUUUCAACGCACACGCUCUGGCAAAGGUCAGGUCAUUGAUGCCAGCAUGGUGGAAGGAACGGCAUACCUAAGUUCUUUUCUGUGGAAAUCUCAACAAGUAGGACUGUGGGAACGACCUCGAGGACAGAACAUGCUAGAUGGUGGAGCACCUUUCUACACAACCUACAGGACAGCAGAUGGGGGCUUCAUGGCUGUGGGAGCAGUAGAACCCCAGUUCUACAAGCUGCUAAUCAAAGGACUUGGACUAAAGUCUGAUGAGCUUCCUAAUCAAAUGAGCGUGACUGAUUGGCCAGAAAUGAAGAGGAGGUUCGCAGAGGUAUUUGCAAAGAAGACCAAAGAAGAGUGGUGUCAGAUUUUCGAUGGCACAGAUGCGUGUGUGACUCCAGUUCUGACGUUUGAAGAGGUCACCCAGCAUGAUCAUAACAAAGAACGAGGCUCAUUUAUCACUGAUGAGGAGCAGAAUGUGAGUCCCCGCCCUGCACCUCUGCUGUCAGACACCCCCGCUCUCCCUUCUUCCAAGAGGGAUCCUUUUGUAGGAGAACAUACUGAAGAGAUACUUCAAGAGUUUGGGUUCAGUCAGGUAGAGAUCAAUCAGCUUGCCUCAGAUAAAAUCAUUGAAAUUAAUAAGCCACGAGCUAAUCUCUAAAUUCCAGGCCUCACAGCUCAAGUGAAUUGAAUAUUACAUGUUCAGUGUGGGAUAAUACAUAAAAUUGUGUGCACAGAAACACGAAGGAACAGCAUCCUGGUAGACCAGCUGUUCUAAUCAAGAAAC